UACAGUUUUAGAAAACAGAUUGUGAGUAUUUUUAGAAACUUACGAGGAAGAGGAUCAAUAUGUUACCUUCUGUUCGUCGGUAUUCUUGUUAUCUUCAUUUGUGACAUUGUUAUUUUCUAAAAUUCCUUCGACUUAUAUGAUGGUAAUAUGUAAUUUGACAAAAAUGAUAACAUAAUGAUUUCAAGCUGCAUCAUUGGACAGGACAACACAUUUUCACUGUGACAUUGGAGAUGAUAACACAAUAGCAAGGCAAAUGAUGAAGCUAUCGAGAGUGAAAUGCUUGUUUACCAGGAUCGGAUGAUUUAAAACUUGUCAAAACCUGUCGUGCAAAAUAACGGGGAUAUAUCGUUGAGUUCAGCACUGCUCCCUAAAGAAAAUGAAGCUGAAAUGUCUGCAGACAUAUACCCUAAAGUGUCACUUCUAGAGGAGAGAUUGAAAUUUUGGAGGAUUGAAAUUGUACGAUGUUUGGACAAGCCAACAUUUUUAUCACAAUUGGCUGCUAAGGAUGUUUUCAACGAAGAUGAAAAGUCGAGGUUAUAUGAUAUAUAUCAGAAUCGAACAGCAACAGAAGCCGGAGAGGCUGUUCUGGACUCCUUUGGUAGAAGCUCUGCUCCAAAUAAGUGGAUGUCCUUCCUAAAUGCACUUGAACAAGAAGAGCUGGUAUACGUCAAGUCAUUACUGGAAGAAGAUAAUGUAGGUUCGGAAAAGGACAGGUUAAGAGGUCGAAAACUGAUACGACUCUUUGGUCCGGAACUAGAGAAAACUAUUAAUCCAAUAGACAUAAUAAGCAGCCUUGUUUCGAAGAAGGCUAUAACAGAAGUGGACCGCGAUGAAGUGCUAAAUCUAUGUCAUACCAAAAGCAGGUUGUAUGGUAUAAUGUGUCUUUUGCGCAGAAUGCAGUCUCAAUUACGACCAAGGGAAUGGUAUUACGAGUUCCUUCGCGCGCUUCGGGAUAACGACUACACCUCGGAGUGUGAACUUUUAGAGCCGGAUUUCUUGGAAUGCCCUCAUAUGUUUGAUCCUGAAAACGUUUGUGAAACACCAACUGAUGGGGUUAAAGAACAGCAAACUGCUUGUGGCGCGUCCGAAAAAAGAUCACAGUGCGAUCAAUCUUUGGAAGGAACAGACAAGGCGAAAGUAUUUUCAUCUAGUAGUACGGACUGCAAGAAAGCACUCAGUCUAAAAGAUCCAGACCCCGUACAUGAAGACGAUGCUGUACAGUCGGACGAAGAUGAACUUGAUUCUGAUUCAGAAUACAAAGACGAUUUUCAAAAUCCAAAACUUUGUCUGAGGGAUUACCAGUAUGAACUAGCUGAGCGAGCGAUUAAGGGAGAAAACACCAUCAUAAGCGCUGAGACGGGGACUGGCAAAACUUGGGUUGCCUUGCAUAUCGUCUCAGAGCAUCUUAAUAAAGGGACGAAAGGAGCCCGGAAAGUUGUAGUCAUGGCUCGAACAGGAAUUUUAAUUCGCCAGCAAGCAGAUAGAUUUAAGCAGAUUCUUCCAAAUUAUAACACCAAGUUUAUAUCUGGAGGAGAAGAUGAAUCAACGAUGCUUCAUGUCUUCGUGAAAGAUGCGGAUAUCCUCUGUUUCACGCCAAAGAUACUUGUCAACAAUUUAGAGAACGGGAACAUACCAAGUCUUGCUGUAUUUUCCUUGUUGAUAUUCGACGAAUGCCACCAUACAAAGGGAUCGGGAGCGUAUGGAGAGCUUGCAAGGUUGUACCUUACAGAGAAAUUUGACAGAGUUGCUGGACUUCCACAGAUUGUUGGUCUCACUGCGUCUAUUGGUGUAGGCAAUGCAAAGAAUGAGGAAGAUGCUGUUGAGUAUAUAACCAAAGUUUGUGCAACACUCGACGUCAAACGGCUGUCAACUGUUGAAAGAUGCAGAACUAGUUUUGAAAAGCACGUGAAUACACCGAAAGAAGACACAAUCAAAAUGACAGUUCGGGUCAAAGAUCCAUGCAGAAAUGUGCUGAUUCAAAAUAUGAUCAAGACAGAAGAUAUACUGAACGACAUCUGUUUCUCAGUGUGUGAACCAGAUAUCAUCGAUGUACUUGAUAAAAGGCCACGGGAAAGGGGAACUAUCGCAUAUUACGGCUGGACAAUACAAAUAGACAAAACAGCAAAACGAUUUGUUCACGAUCCCGAAAGUCUUCGCAAUAUUACAACGUGUGCAACGUAUUUAAAUGUCUACUGUUCUGCGUUUGAGGUGAAUACACUUUUGCAAAUUCGAGAUGUUAUGAAAUACUUAGCAAAUGAGACAAAAGAAGAAGCUGAGAGGAGAUCAAAAUUUACUGACCAAGAAAAGGAACUAUUUGAAAACUUCAAGGAAUUACAGAAAGAUUUAACUAAGAAAAGCAGAGAUGUUGACGCAGCCAAUCCAAACGUCGAGAUAAUUUGCGACCAGCUAACAAAAAUGUUCCAGGAAAAGGGUCCAGAGUCAAGAGCUAUGGUCUUUGUUAAGGCAAGAGCAACAUGCUUAGCACUUGGAGAUCUUUUGGACAAACGAUUAGUGUAUAAAGCUCGAUGUCUGUAUGGACAAAAGAAAAUAGGAUCAAUGAAUGGUAUGAGUCAAGAAGAGCAGACAGAAGUAUUGGAGAGGUUCAAGGAGGGCCGCUUUAAGAUAAUUGUAUGCACGUCUGUUGCAAUUGAAGGGAUAGAUGUUCCAGAUUGCAAUAUUGUCAUCAAUUACAACUACUCUGGUGAUGAAAUCACAAAGAUACAAAUGAGAGGAAGAAGCCGAACACAUGAUGCAUCCACAGUCACACUUGGAAAUGAAAAGUUAGUUGAAAAAGACAUGGUGAAUGUCUACAAAGCCAACUUGAUGUACAAGGCAAUGGACACCUUUAAGAAGAUGGACGCCCAUGAAUUGGAACACAAACUAUACUUGUACCAGAAAGAGGAAGUACGGAAGCAAAUAAACAAAACAGAUUUGUUAGAAGCAAUGAGAAACCGUCAGUCCUCCGAUGAUAUGGAAAUUCUGUGUGUCAAGUGCAUGAAAUACAUUUGUCACGUGUCUAGCAUGCGUGUACUAUCCGGAAGUCAACAUUUUGUCAUCACUGAAGAGUUUCCGGAAAAGGCUGAUAGGAAGCCUCAUAAAAGACCAGAACGCUAUUUUGGGCUCGAUAAGAAAGAGAAAAUGUCAUGUAAACGGUGCGGCCAAGACUGGGGUAUCGUUGCGCAAGGACUUGGUUAUGACAUAUUCGUGUUUAAAAUAGGAGGAAUUUUGUUCCGACAAGAAGAUAUAGACAAAAUCCAAGACUUUCAAAAGUGGGGUCUGGCUCCGAAAAUGAUUGACUGCACUUUGGACGAAAUUCCAAAACUUUUAGCAUACCAAAACCGACAGAAAUGACUUGCGCAUGUAAACAAUAUCUGUUUUAUGACAUUAACAUGUUAAUACUAUGGUCGUUGGAAUUUGCUGUGUUUUUUGUAUGCAAGAUAAAUUAUAUUUGGUAUUGCUUCUAUUCUUUUGUGGCUUUAUAGGAACGUAUUGUCUGAUGAUAACAAGUUAUGUGUUUUAUUUAUAUUCUUUAAAAUAAAUUAGGUUGAGUAUAAACAAAGUAUGUGUGUAAAUAUUAAUCUGGUCAUGAAUCGUUUUUCAGUAGAGGUUUAUCAUUCUUGUAACAUAUAUUCACAACAUAUUUGUGUGUAUUGUCCAACUCUUCAUUUAAAUGCCAUCGUUUUCACUUCAUUAAUUUGAUUGUGUAUUAUUUAACGUUAAGCUUAAAAUUAAAAAGGAACUCGUUGCCAGCUGAUUUCAUAUGAUAUAGAUUAAAAGGGAUUUCAUAUACUCAAAAUUUACAUGAUCUGCCAAGCAAAAAAUGAAAUGUUUUAUUAUCUCAGAUCAUCUAGCAUUACCCAAGGUCAUCUUACUGCAUGCAAGACGGUACCCAAAAAUCCUAGUUUUCGUUAUAGUAUAUAUGUACUGUGUUAUUUGUAGAGUUUUGAGCUGUUAUUCCAUGUUUCUGGUUUGUGAUUGUUUGUUUUUGUGUUCUUUGUCUUUGGCCUUUACCCUGUGCCAUUAAACGGGGUUUAUUUUUUAUUUAAACUUUAGGCUAUUGAGCUUGUUUCUGUAGUUUUGCAUUAUUGAUAAUGAAGCCUUCAUUAUCGUGGUUUAAGUAAUUGCAGAUUUGGCAUUACUAAAUUCAGCAUUUAAAGCACAUAACCUAAAUUUUAAAAAAAAUGUGAUUUUACGAAAUUGAUUAACAUGUUCACGAAACGCUUUGUAAAUCUGUUUGCUAUGUAUAUACUAUUUGAAUAUGCAUAGGACGCAAUCAUAAAUAUAAACACUCAGAAAUAAAA